GCAGCAGUUUGGUAAGCUCCUGGGGAGACAGCGGUUAGCUAAGUGUUGUUCAUCCAACUGAGAGGAAGGAAACAUGGCCGCACUUAUCAAAGCAAGGAAAGCUCUAGGCUUGUGUCUCAGUGGCUGUCGAAGUCUGUCUCAGCUAGCAGAGUUACCGGAGACUCAUCAGAUGCUGAGGCAGACCUGCAGAGACUAUGCUGACAGAGAACUGAUACCCAUCGCUGCCAAACUGGACAAAGAGCACAGUUACCCUGCCCAACAGAUUCAAGAGUUGGGGGCGAUGGGGGUGAUGGCCAUGGAGGUACCAGAGGAGCUGGGUGGUGCAGGGAUGGACUACCUGGCCUACAGUCUGGCUAUGGAGGAGAUCAGUCGAGGCUGCGCCAGCACCGGAGUUGUGGUCUCUGUAAACAAUUCUCUCUACAUCGGACCAAUAUUGAAGUUUGGUACAGAGGAACAGAAAAAGCAGUGGAUCACACCGUUCACCACUGGAGAGAAAGUGGGCUGUUUCGCACUCAGUGAGCCAGGUAAUGGCAGUGAUGCAGGUGCUGCCUCCACUAUGGCUCAUCAGGAGGGAGAUGAGUGGGUGCUCAACGGAACCAAAGCCUGGAUCACCAACAGCUGGGACGCCUCUGCCACAGUCGUGUUCGCCACCACUGACAAGAAACUCAAACACAAGGGUAUCAGUGCCUUCCUGAUCCCCAUGCCACACCCUGGGCUUUCUCUAGGAAAGAAGGAAGAUAAGUUGGGCAUCAAAGCCUCAUCCACUGCUAACAUCAUCCUUGAGGACUGCAGGAUACCGCUGGGCAACAUGCUGGGUCCUCGCGGUGCUGGAUUCAAGAUCGCCAUGCAAACCCUGGACAGUGGAAGGAUCGGUAUCGCAUCUCAGGCUCUGGGUAUCGCUCAGGCUUCUCUGGACUGUGCUGCAGAUUAUGCACAGAAACGCACUGCAUUCGGAGCCCCCAUCAGCAAGCUGCAGUCCAUACAGUUCAAACUGGCUGACAUGGCUGUGGCAAUAGAGAGCUCUCGUCUGCUCACAUGGAAGGCUGCUCUUCUUAAGGAUUCAAAGAAACCCUUCACUAAGGAAGCAGCUAUGGCCAAACUGUCAGCGUCUGAAGCUGCAACGAUGUGCUCACAUCAGGCGAUCCAGGUUCUAGGUGGGAUGGGUUACGUGGAGGACAUGCCUGCCGAGAGGCACUACCGUGACGCUCGCAUCACUGAGAUCUACGAGGGCACCAGUGAGAUCCAGAGACUGGUUAUCGCCAGCCAGUUACUGAAGGAAUAUGAGCGAUAGACACACUUCUGUCAGCGCCUUUGGCUUAAUAUGGAGAUUUAAUCCCAGAACUGGAACCAGACAAGUGAACCCAGAGACACGGAAUCAUCCAGAAACAAAGGAAAGCCAGUGUGAUUCAGCGCUUUAAUACUGUAUCAGUGUUAGAUCAGAGACUACAGUACAGAACUUUAUAGGAGAUUUAUAUGAUUUUACAUUUCCGUUGUCUCCAUUCAAGGGAAUGCAGGAAUCAUUUUAAAGUGGCAAUCUAGAAGAUUUGACUCCUGGUUGGUUUAGUGGUUUCAGCUAUUAACAUUUUGAUAAAGAAAUCAGUCAAUAACUUGCCUUUUUCCAUCACUCUGAUCAACAGUGAUCUGAAUUCAUGCCACUGUAACUUAAAAGACAUUUAUUAACAUGAAAGUUUCAGGGAUUGCCACUUUAAAAACUGUAAAUGAAAAACAAUUUACCUCAACAGCCUUAAAGAGGAUACAAGUGCUUUGCCUUUUUUGAAGGGUCAGUUCACUCAAAUUUCACAUUUUCUCACAUUGAUCGCAGGUUAGAGACAUUUCUUUAAUUCAACUGCACAAGUAAAAGUAACACAACUAAUUAGAUGUACUAAUAUCAUUCAGUCAACAUUAUCAUCACUAAAUGAAUUGAACUGGCUGCAGAAAGAUUAAGGAAACCUGUUACCUGUUAUCAUGUGCGCGAUGUCCCAGUCACUGAUGAAACCAUGAGAUGUGGCUGAAACCUUAAUAUUAGCAUUGGUUGGUGGAGGGGGGUCCGGCUCUUAGUCAUAACUCAAUCAAAUGUAAAUCUGUGACAUCAGUUCUAAUAAACAUCCAUAAAACAGGUUAGAAACGUCAGGAUAGAGAACAGGUCGACGGGUCCAUCUGAGGUCUCAGCUCCUCAGAACCACAUGGAUCUGUAAGCACCUCCACUCACCACAGUUGUCAUGAAUGUCAAAACAGACUUCCAAGCUCACCUAGUUUUUAACAGAAAUGUGAACUGACCCUUUUUUAAAUCUACAAUAGCCUUCAUUUUGCCUAGACAGUGUCUCAUUACUCCUACAGUAGAUGAGUCACAUCUUUGUCUGCCCUGUGCUUCCUAUUAGGAAGUUUAACCACCAGGGGGCAAUGCUGUGUAUUCAUGUUUCUUGACCCACUUCUGCUUCAACCUGAAUAACAACUCACUGAAAACCAAUCAAAUGUAACCAUUUCCUCUCAUUUUACAUGACAGUUUUUCUGAUUUACUCUUGUGGACGGCAGUUAGAGCUGAUAUUUGAAUGAUAAUGUGAACGUCUGCCUCAACAUUCAAACAGAUACAUCUUUGAGCUUGUCAUAGACUGUAAGAGGCUGUGUCAUGAAUUGUAUCUGCUGAUUUCACAGACCUCUUGUGCCUCUGUGACAUAUGUGUACAUAUUUUAUUGUAAUUUAUUAUGUGCAAAUGAUAAUAAAAACUAAAUUACAAUA